AUGCCCAACGAAGAAGCAUUCAGCAAGCCCCCGACGCCGUCGGAAGCCCCGGGGGCUCCGCCGCAGGGCAAGGCUGGAGGCUUUGGCAAAGCAGCCGGAGGUUCCAGCACCGGGGGCGGCGGCGGCGGUUCCGGGACGACUGGCACGGGCUCGGGGAACAAGAAGUCCCCGCGACUGCCCAAGUGUGCGCGCUGCAGGAAUCACGGCUACGCGUCGCCGCUCAAGGGCCACAAACGCUUCUGCAUGUGGCGCGACUGCCAGUGCAAGAAGUGCAACCUGAUUGCCGAGAGACAGCGCGUCAUGGCCGCGCAGGUGGCCCUUAGGAGGCAGCAGGCCCAGGAGGAGGAGAUGGGCAUUAGCCACCCGAUCCCGCUGCCCAGCGCCGCCGAGCUGCUUGUCAAGAGAGAGAACAGCGGUGCCAACCCGUGCCUCCUGACCGAGAGCGGCAGCUCCUCGCAGCCGCCACUGCCGCCCAGCACCCCAACCACUAUGGCCGCAGAGGGGCGGAUGGUCAUCCAGGAUAUCCCUGCUGUCACCAGCAGAGGGCACGUGGAGAACACGCCUGACCUGGUUCCGGACUCCGCCUACUACAGCAGCUUCUACCAGCCGUCUCUGUUCCCGUACUACAACAACCUGUACAACUACCCGCAGUACUCCAUGGCCCUGGCUGCCGAGUCUUCUUCUGGGGAGAUGGGCAGUGCCCUGGGGGGCUCCCCAGUGAAGAACACCCUUCGGAGCCUCCCCGCGCCUUACGUGCCUGGCCAGCCUGGAAACCAGUGGCAGAUGAAGAAUCCGGAGAACCGCCACCCCGUGAGUUCCCAAUACAGGAUGCAUUCUUACUACCCGCCUCCCUCGUACCUGGGCCAGAGCGUGCCCCAGCUCUUCACCUUUGAGGACGGCCCCUCCUACACGGAAGCCAAAGCGAGUGUCUUCCCGCCUCCUCCCAGCAGCCAGGAUUCUGGCUUGGUCUCCCUGUCCAGCAGCUCUCCCGUGAGCAACGACAGCACAAAAGGCACUUUGCAUCAUGAAUGCGAGUCUGCUUCGGAGCCCAGCAGCUUCCCGGUCACCCCCGGCAUCGAGGAGGAUGAGUGA